AUGACCGCUGGGCUUCUGUCGUUUCUGGCCCCGCGCCAACACCUGCAGCCGCUGGACCUGAGUGCGCCAGAGCAGCAGGCCCUUAAAACACACGCAGCUCUGGUGGAGCGCUGGGGCUGGCGCGUGACCUCUGCUGGCCCAGCCCUCGGGGAGACGGCGGACGCGCCCGUCAGCACCAGGGCGUCGCCGGCGGCGGUGCUGUCAUGCGUGCCGCUGCUGGCCGGCGUGGCUCUGGGGGGCCUUGACCUGAAGCUGUACCUCCACCAGCUGGCAGAGUGCGGCGGCGACGCUGGCGGCGCGGGCCCGCCCGGUGUGCUCCGCGUGCUGCGCAGCAAGGCCUGCCGCGGAGCGGUGAUGUUCAAUGACGCACUCAGCCCGCAGCGGUGCGCUGAGCUGGUGGACCGCCUCAGCACCACACAGCUACCCUUCUGCUGCGCGGUGAGGCUUGCUGGAGGUUAA